AUAUCCAUGGCUAACCUUCUACUCCUCAUUGUACCUAUCCUAAUCGCCAUAGCAUUCCUAAUGCUAACCGAACGAAAAAUUUUAGGCUAUAUACAACUACGUAAAGGCCCCAAUGUCGUAGGCCCCUACGGGCUACUACAACCCUUCGCUGACGCCAUAAAACUCUUCACCAAAGAGCCCCUAAAACCCUCAACAUCAACCAUCACCCUCUACAUCACCGCCCCAACCUUAGCUCUCACUAUUGCCCUACUAUUAUGAACCCCCCUCCCCAUACCCAACCCCCUAGUCAAUCUCAAUCUAGGCCUCCUAUUCAUCCUAGCCACCUCUAGCCUAGCCGUUUACUCCAUCCUCUGAUCAGGAUGGGCAUCAAACUCAAACUACGCUUUGAUCGGCGCACUACGAGCAGUAGCCCAAACAAUCUCAUAUGAAGUCACCCUGGCCAUUAUCCUACUAUCAACACUACUGAUGAAUGGUUCCUUUAACCUCUCCACCCUCAUCAUAACACAAGAACACCUCUGACUGCUCCUACCAACAUGACCCUUAGCUAUAAUAUGAUUUAUCUCCACAUUAGCAGAAACCAACCGGACCCCCUUCGACCUCGCUGAAGGAGAAUCUGAACUAGUCUCAGGCUUUAAUAUCGAAUAUGCCGCAGGCCCCUUCGCCCUAUUUUUCAUAGCCGAGUACAUAAAUAUUAUCAUAAUAAAUACUCUCACCACUAUAAUUUUCCUAGGAACAACAUACAAUGCCCACUCCCCUGAACUCUACACAGUAUGCUUCAUCACCAAAACCCUGCUUCUAACCUCUCUAUUCCUAUGAAUUCGAACUGCAUAUCCUCGAUUUCGCUACGACCAACUCAUGCACCUCCUGUGAAAAAACUUCUUGCCACUCACCCUGGCACUACUCAUAUGAUAUAUUUCCAUACCUACCACAAUCUCCAGCAUUCCCCCUCAAACCUA